AUAUAAAAUUAUACAAAUUCUUAUCAUUUCUAGAGAGAGAAAAACAUGAAAUGGGAAUGAGUCUCAUAAAUCGAUAGAAAAUGAUGAAAAAAUUUUACGAAGUCACCUUUCUUAACAAAUAUAUCAAAUCCAGAUCUCUCUGCUUCGUCUGAUUUAUAUAUUAUUGUUGUAUUUUUUGGAAUUCAGAUCGUUAAAUAAUUCACAGAUCUGAAAGCAAAAAAGGAGGGGAUUUUGAAUUUUUUUUGGGUAUUAUUGAAAAUAAUUGUGAAAAUGCCGGGGCAAGGGGAUUUGGACAGGCAGAUAGAGCAAUUGAUGGAGUGCAAGCCGCUGUCGGAAGCAGAGGUGAAGACUUUGUGUGAUCAGGCCAGGGCGAUUCUGGUGGAGGAAUGGAAUGUUCAGCCGGUGAAAUGUCCGGUUACUGUGUGCGGCGAUAUCCAUGGCCAGUUCUACGAUCUGAUCGAGCUUUUUCGGAUAGGAGGCAACGCUCCUGACACCAAUUACCUCUUCAUGGGGGACUACGUCGAUCGUGGAUACUACUCUGUGGAGACUGUCACGCUUUUAGUGGCUCUGAAAGUUCGUUAUAGAGAUAGAAUCACAAUUCUUAGAGGAAAUCAUGAAAGCCGGCAAAUUACUCAAGUGUAUGGAUUUUAUGAUGAAUGCUUAAGGAAGUAUGGCAAUGCCAACGUGUGGAAGUAUUUCACCGAUCUUUUUGAUUAUCUGCCCCUCACUGCACUUAUUGAGAGUCAGGUAUUCUGUUUGCAUGGAGGACUUUCACCAUCUCUUGAUACCUUAGAUAAUAUCCGAGCUCUGGACCGUAUACAGGAGGUUCCACAUGAAGGACCAAUGUGUGAUCUCUUGUGGUCUGAUCCUGAUGAUCGAUGUGGGUGGGGCAUCUCGCCUCGUGGUGCUGGCUACACCUUUGGACAGGAUAUAGCAUCUCAGUUCAACCAUACCAAUGGCCUCACUCUGAUUUCAAGAGCCCACCAGCUUGUCAUGGAGGGUUUCAAUUGGUGUCAGGAAAAGAAUGUAGUAACAGUUUUUAGUGCUCCAAACUAUUGUUACCGCUGUGGAAACAUGGCUGCAAUCCUUGAAAUUGGAGAGAACAUGGAGCAGAAUUUCCUUCAGUUCGACCCAGCUCCUCGGCAAAUUGAGCCUGAUGCAACGCGCAAGACUCCAGAUUAUUUUUUGUGAACUCAAUACCUUUGUCCGCUGUUUGUAGUCCCUGCUUACCGUUAUGUUACUGUAGAUGUGUCUUAAGAGAUGAAUUUUGUUAUUUGAGGAUUAUUUUCUACAUUCUUUCUUUCCGAGUUUGCUCUUCUGCUGUUGCUGCUGCUGACUUUGAUUAUGUGCUCAACAUAUUUUCCAGAGAUGUGAAGAAGGCACGAGUCUUUUGGCUUGUAUAUUUUUUCCCAAAAGGAGGAAGCAGCUAUUACAUGAUAUAAAUGUAUUUUGUAAUUUACAAUCUAUGUUAGGAAAAUAGAUUUGAGCAACACAUCUUAUUUUCCAUUUUUAACUUGACUUGGCGAAAGCAUUGGAAGGUAAAUAAAUAUUUUGGACC